AUGACUAUGUUUGUUUUGCAAGAAGUGGUAACCAGAAGAUAUGCUAAUGGUGAGCAAUCCUACGGCACAAUGUGGAUGGUGUCUAGUGACAGUAACUAUCAGACACUUAAGCAGGUCAUCAUCCACGAAAAGCACAUAAAGAUUUUGAGGAAGAUGAAUGCUUUUUUAAUCGUAAAGUACACUAUGCUGGAGGAUGGGAAAUUGAUAAACAAAUUGUUUACUAAUGGACUCUCCGGAACCUGUGCUCAUACAACGGCAUUGAUAUAUACUCUCCAGCAUUAUAAACGUCUAGGACUGAAUCAGGUUCCUGCAGAGCUACCCUGCACAAGUUUGCCUCAACAAUGGCACAAGCCUAGGGGGACUAAAAUUCAGCCGGAACCCUUAUCCUCCAUGGUUUUCUCGAAGCCUAAACCAACCCCACGAAAGAAGAAACCUGUUUAUGUGGACAAGCCAAAUCAAACAAUUCCUGAUGUGUUUCCAGAAGAGAUCAAAAAGCUUAAGGUUGACCCCUCACUGCCACUGUCAUAUUUGCUGCAGGAGGAUGUUGAAUUGGAGCCAUCCAUUUGUGGGAAAAUACAAACAGGAUCCAUGCUUAAAUAUCAUGUAAGAUGGCUUUUGAAGGACAUGAAAUCAACAGACUUUAAUUCAAUGAUUCUCAAAAUAAAUAUCUUUAUUUAUUGAAAAAAGUUAAUUCAACUUUCACAUUUUAAAU